GCGACCAUGGCGGCGGGCGAGCGAAGGCAGCCCGGGCGCUGGUCGUGGCGCCACGUCUUGUGGCUGCUGUGGGUCGGGAUCGUGGCCACGAUGGCGAGCACAUUUCGGCUCAUUUACCGCCGCGUCGUGUACGUUCCACCCGAGGAUUUGCAACGUCAAGCGGCGUACGAGACGCAGUUUCCGAACGCCACGCGCGGGAUUGUCAUGACCGUGUGCGACGCGAUGGUCCCGAUCGGCGCGUCCCUCGUGAUGGAGCUGCGCGCGCUCGGCAAUACGGAUCCGAUUCAAAUCAUGUAUUGCCUCCCGUCGGACCUGUCGGCGACGUCGAUUGCCCUGCUCCACGCGACGGACCCGGACGUGCAAGUGAUCGACAUUUGCCGCAUCCUCCUCGACGCGAACCUCCUCCCAAACGACGACGUCGCAGUUGCCUUCCAGAGCUUUUGGCUCAAGCCCGUCGCGCUACUCCUGUCGUCGUUCGAUCAAGUGAUGCUGAUGGAUGUAGACAACAUCUUUCUCCACGACCCGAGUGUGCUGUGGACCGCGCCGGCGUACAAAGAGACCGGCACACUCUUCUUCUACGACCGCGUUGUCCCCCUCGACUGGGGCCUCAAUCAAAAGCGAGGGGACCGAUCGUACCUGACGACGUUCCUCGACCAGUUCUCGUACCACACAUUCAACCUGACGGCUCCGACCGCCCCGUCGGCGCGCCUCAAGGGAUCGGCCAUGUAUGCCCGACGCACCGCCCAUGAACAAGACUCGUCCGUCGUUGUCAUCGACAAAGCGCGCGCUGGCCGCAACGUCCGCAACAUCCUGUGGUAUCUCUCGACCCAUCUCCGCUUCCGCCAACGCGAGCCGUUCUCGUACGGGGACAAGGAGGCGUUCUGGCUAUCGUUUGAACUCGCGCAGGUGCGGUAUGCGUUUUCGCCGUGGGCUGCCAGCGUCGUUGCCGCCGCGGGAGACAUGGACAACCACCCCGACACCCUCUGCGGGAGUUUGGCGCAGUAUGUUCCAUCCACGGCGACGAUGCCCGACCUGCUGUACGUGAAUGGGGGCGACGUGAUCGACAUUGUCGACGUCAUGGGAGACAACCACACGAAGCUCGUCAACGACGCGGCCACAGACUGGACGGCGCGCGGCGCGCGGCUCAUCGAGCGCAUUCCGCGAUUUGUUGUGCCUCGGUACACGAGGGACAAGCCGACGUCGAACCUCACCAUGUUUGACCAAACGUGCCUCGUUCAUGCCAACUCGACAGGUAUUUCCCCCGUCUUUAUCGACACCGCGACGCGCCGCAUUCGCUUGGCCGCCGCCGUGGCAUCGAAAAUGCAGUGGACGUGAUGCCAGCUCUCGUUGCCUUUGGUCGUCCCUUUUUCGUGACGUCGUAAGAUGACGUUUUGUCGGCGUU